AUGUUUUGCUUGCUAUCCGCCAGUGACAUUGAUCUCACCUACAAUGGAAACAAAGGCCCUCUUACCUCUCAAUGUUCUAAUGUCAAGCCCACCAUUACUCGUGUGACGAAAGCCCUUGCUUGUGAAACAGAUGAUGCUCCUGUGCCAACCUGCAUUUCAAACCUAGAUGGAGGACUUGCUCAAAUGGCUAUAGAAGUGGAAGACCGUGCACAACGGUCAGCAAUCACAAGAGUGAAUGCUGAUGAUGUUAGAGUUACUGUGGCUGCACCUGCAGCUCGGGGAGAAGCAAACAAUGAACUCUUGGAGUUCAUGGGCAAAGUGUUGGGUCUGAGACUAAGCCAGAUGACUCUUCAGAGAGGGUGGAAUAAUAAAUCGAAACUCCUUGUGGUGGAGGAUUUGUCUGCUAGGCAAGUAUAUGAGAAACUUCUGGAGGCUGUUCAACCUUGAGGUUGUACAAUUUACAUGUCAAUUGUAAUGAAAGAUAAGAUCCAUUCAACUUGUACGUUUACCCUGGACAUCCUGGACUUCAAAUUAUUCUUCUGUUAGUUGUAAUUGUUGUAAUGCAAUGUUGCAAUGUCAAAAAUUCAAUUGUACAACCUGAGUCUAUUUGAUGAUAA